AUGGGUGACGCAGAGAAGAGUGCGGUAGUGUACUGUGAUGCGUUUAUGCGUGCCGCCUUUGCGGAAGCGCGGAGGGCGCUUGCGGAGGGCGAAGUCCCGGUAGGUUGUGUUCUCGUUCCUGCCGAAGCGUCUUGCGCGGCCAACGCAGAGCGCCUGGACAGCAGUGACGGCCAGAGCGAGGCUUCCCUGGGGCACCUCAUCGCGGCGCGUGGGCGCAAUGCCACAAACAAGGCCCACCACGCCCUUGCCCACGCGGAAUUUGUGGCGGUGAAGGCGCUCUUGCGCGACGCGGCUGCAAAGGGGCAGAAACCGCCCACAAGUCUUGCUGGGUAUGUCCUGUACGUUGUGGUGGAGCCGUGUAUCAUGUGUGCCGCCAUGCUCCUGUACAACCGCAUCCGGAAGGUUUACUUUGGGUGCGCCAACCAUCGCUUUGGCGGCAACGGCACCAUACUUGCAGUGCAUGCAGCGGCGUCCACCAGUGCCCCUGCCUACGAGAGCUGCGGUGGUCACCGAGCCGACGAGGCGGUGGCGUUGUUGCAGGAGUUUUACAGCCGCGAAAACAGUGCCGCACCUUCGCACAAGCGACGACGGAAGGUUUGA